CACACAGUGGACUCAGCAGCAGCGGCACAAACCUCCUGUCAUGCUUUAAGAGGAACACACACACACGCUAGCCGGACUGAACUGAGCCCAGCCCCACCUCAUGAGGAGGCUGUGCUCGCUGUCUAGGUGUCUGGAUUGAGAGCAGAUCGCAUUCGAUCCAUCUGAUCAUCACCAGAGCCUUUAAUUCCCAGUCUCAGCGACAGACAGACAGCAACACGAGUCAUGGAGACCAGACUGCCCUCCAGCUAGCUAACUGCUAUCCGAACGGAGCCCGAAAACAUGCGCUAGACAGGUAUUUACUCUGCUGCAUCUGCUCUUUCGGGUGUCCACAGGGGAGAAAACACGACUUGAAGAUUUCUGACAUCCAUCAGUAAGACUUGAGAUGAUCUGUAUGUGAAAGUUUUUAUAACAAGACUGUUUCCUCUUUUCACUGGAGUGACACUGCUGUCACAUCUGGCCAUCAGCAGCUAAAGAUGCAGACUUUCCUGAGAGGCAGACGAGUGGGCUACUGGCUCAGCGAGAAGAAGAUGAAGAAACUCAAUUUCCUGGCCUUUGCGGAGAUGUGCAGGAAAAGAGGAAUAGAAGUUGUUCAGCUUGACCUGAGUCAGCCAUUAGAGGAGCAGGGUCCCCUGGAUGUCAUCAUUCACAAGCUAACAGACCUGAUCCUGGAAGCGGACCAGAAUGACACCCAGUCUCUGCUGCUGGUCCAGCGUGUGCAGGAUUAUAUUGACGCUCACCCAGAGACCAUCAUUCUUGACCCACUUCCAGCCAUCCGAACUCUGCUGGACCGCUGCAAGUCCUACCAGCUGGUGCACAGGAUAGAGGACUGCAUGAGAGAUGAGAGGAUUUGUUCUCCUCCAUUUAUGGUGCUGAACAGUGAGUGUGGCCCAGACACACUGGAGCAGAUCAAGCAGCACGGUCUUACAUUCCCUUUCAUUUGCAAAACACGGGUUGCUCACGGAACUAACUCUCAUGAGAUGGCUAUAAUAUUCAGCGCAGAGGACCUAAAGGACGUGAAGCCACCAUGUGUUAUUCAGAGUUUUAUAAACCACAAUGCCGUGCUCUAUAAGGUGUUUGUGGUGGGCGAGUCGUACACUGUGGUGGAGAGACCAUCACUCAAGAACUUCCCCUCUGGACCGUCUGAUAGAAAAGCGAUUUUCUUCAAUAGCCACAAUGUGUCCAAGCCAGAGUCAUCCUCUGACCUCACAUCUAGAGAUAAUGUAGAAGGUGUUUCCCAGCCACCGAAUGAUGAUGUGAUUAGGGAACUGUGUAAAUCUCUUCGGGAAUCUCUCGGUGUUUCGCUCUUCGGCAUCGACGUCAUCAUUAACAACCAGACGGGCCAACACGCUGUCAUUGACAUCAAUGCAUUCCCUGGAUAUGAGGGUGUCCCAGAGUUCUUUAGUGAUCUCCUCAACCACAUCAUCAGCGUCCUCCAAGACCACUCCUCCAGUGACACCUCGGCCCCGCCGCCUCCCGGCCAGCUGCCCGCUUUAGGCGCAGGAGAGCGCAACUGCGCCCCGUCCCAGGAGUGCUGCGGCAUGCUCGGCAAAGAGUCGGACAGCAGCCCCUGGAUCGUAGAGGGCGACGGUGGUCUGAAAGGCCCGCGUCAGAGACUGGGCUGCAACACGGCCAUGUCCCCCAACUUCCAACAGCACUGCGUGUCCACGAUAGCCACUAAAGCCUCGUCACAAUGACUGCCGUCUCCCCCCUGCCUCCCCCGUCCCGUCCUGUCCCGCCAUCCUUUCCUGAACAAAUUGUGAAGACAAACUGAAUAAUAUACAAUAACAAUAAUAACUAUUAUACUGAUAAUAUAUCUGUAAUCCAAAAUAAACUAUAUUGGGAAUAAUCAUAAUGAUGUUGAUAAUGGGCAUUGGAUUCGAUCUCCUACGCCUUUGUAUGUUUUAUUUUUUUUUUAAAUUUGCUUUCUCUUCAGUCUAACAACUCAGUACUGUAACGUGAAUUGUUGGGAAAUCAACAUUUUUUUUUUUUAAAUCAGUUUUAAUUUGAAUCACAGUGAAAAAUUUGUGGAUGUAAACACACUAGGCAUGUUGGAUAUUUAAGCCUGAGAAAAGUUUCUGAAGUGUUUUUGUUGCUAAUGGAAAAGACUAACGGAUGUCAGUGUUUUAAAUGACACUGAACACAAACGCACCCAGUAAUCUAACAAACGGGACACCUAAAAUGUCUUUGUGCUCUGUAUUUAGUGGCAAUCCUAUAUUGUGAUGAUCCACAGUGUAUAUCGUUGUGCAGCGUCUACAAAUCUGCUCCGUAAGCCGAACGAAGCAGAUCUCGUAGGCCGUGUGCCACUGUGUUUGAUCUUGUGACACUCCGUAAUCUUUUCAUAAUGCUCCAGAAGACUUUCAUUAUCCUUUCAUAAACAUAGUGACACCUGACAUUUUUCAUGUGCAUUUCAACGCAUCAUAUCAUACGGUGUUUUAUGAAGUCGGGAGAAAACCAAACAAUGUUCCAGGUGAACUGUCAACGAUCAUUAAUGUUUUGAUAGUUUUGUGAAAGUCGACUCCGAAGAGGCUAAAGUUCUACUGUUGUUCUUAAUUUCAUUUUCUUUUGUCAAUGUUGAGUUUGGUUGGACGGUUGCAAGAGGAUAUUCUGACAUUCCCUGUAUGAGUGUGUUGUUUUUUAGCAGACGGUCCUUUAAAAGUUUUGUAUAUGAUCCAGUUUUGAAAGUCAUAUGCUUCAGAUUAGUACAGACCCUUGAAAUAUUUGAACAAACUGCGUAAGAUGGAUGUUAAUGUAUAUGUCGGGAGUAUUUUGUCGUGUUCUAAUUGCAAAGAAGAACUUACCAUUCCUCAGUUAAAAGGAAAGUUAACAGAUUUGUAUAAUUUUACAUAUUCUUCAUUAUAAAUACAAUAAUUGAUAACUUGUUUGAAAAUCACUAAUGAAUACAAAGUGUUUGUUUUAUACAUCAUAUAGUUAGCGUUUGAUUUAAAUCAAUCGGUUUUGUUAACUGCCAUGAGGCAGUUUAAGCACUAAUUAAUUUAAAAAUGUACUUAGCUCUAACAUCAAUGUUAUUAAAACCGUCUGAGAAAUUUAGCAGUAAUUUAUACAGUGUAAUAAAGCCAAAAAGUGACUUGCAGGAAGAAAACUUGUUUGCAUAUACUGUCCCACAGUUUUUUGUACAAUUACAAAAAUGAUCAUCUUAUUUGUAUUCAGGUUUAAAAAAGAAAUUUCGCCCACUUAGUGCCCAUAAAGUGACUUGGAUCACUCCUACACGUUUGAAGACCAACAGAAAACAGCUUGUUUUUGUUCACUGUGAGAGGAAUGAAUGUGUGGAGAUAUUUGACAAACAAUGUCUUAAUGUGGUAAACAAGAGCGGUGCAAAUGGACUGCUGUCGUCAGCAUCUGCUCCCAUUCUGUUCAGUUUAUACGAAGUGAACAUUUAGUGCCACUCCAGCGGCCCUUAGCACCUUACGUUAAUGCUUUUCUUGUUCUGAUUGGGUCCAUUUUUAAGAUGAAUAUUUUCAUAGGUAUAACUGUGUUUAAUAUCCUUUUCUAUAAUGACUUACAAAUUAAAUGGUCAUUAUCAUUUUGAUGCCAUUUCAACAACAGUUAGCUGUUUUUUAUUUAAUUGGACGUGUAGCCUCUUGCUCGCCAUGGGUAUUUAUAUCAAGAGCGUUGAAAAUAUGAUUAAUAGGGUGUGUUCAGAUUUAAGUCUGCAUUUUGUACAUCCUAAAAAAUGCUCCAAGUGUGUGUCUGUUGAGAGAAUGACAGUCUUCAACAGCCUUCAGCUUUACCUUUUGUCUCUGUACUUUUGCCUUCAUUGUGCUAUCAAAUAGAAAAACUCCUCACCUACUAAA